AUGGUCCAAGUGAUGGAUGUUGAGGAUUGUCUCUCUAAGUUGAACACAGCAGUUAAAGAAGGAACUGGACGUGAUUGCAAGAAAUUGCUUGAGGAUAUUCAUCAUUUCUUCUUCUCCAGACCUCUUGUUGAAGAUUCUGAGUCUGGCUUGGCUGCUGCACAGCUCCUUGAUGCAGGAGGGCUGCUUGAUUUCUUGCAAAAGGUUGGAGAUCAACAGCAAAAAUGGAAGGAUUUAGAAGAGCCUGGAAAGCUGGCACUGGACAUUAUUCAGGAAUUUCUCCCACUGGAGACAUGCCUUUCUCUAUUUCGGAGAACAAAGUCGGGAAAACUACGAUCUGGCUGCUUUUGGGUGCUCAGUUCCUUGGCAGCUAUCCCUGGCAUCUCGGGUAACAGUGAUGGCUUUGAUGUUCCAGGCUUGACCAAUUUAUGCUUCAUGGAACUCACACAAUUCUACAAACUCAACCCAACUGAGGUCCAGGCCAUCUUUGUUCUGCUUGGGGCCUUGGCGGAGCACUUUCCUGAGUUCAUGGUCAGGCAUUCCAACAAGAUUCUGGAUUUGUAUCUCAGUGAGCUGAAAAAGCAUAUGGAUGGAGCAGGAGAUCCCAAGUUUCCCAUCAUCUGUGGAUCCUUGAAAGGCCUCUGUGGUCUCUUAUCCCACUUCACACAGAGCCCUGAAGAUGAUCCUCAGAAAUGCAAGCUUAUCUUCUCCUAUGCCUACAAGGUCCUCAAUCCUAACCUGAAUCUUUCACGCUAUGAGGCAGUCAGAGCAUCUCUGGAGUUAAUUGGGAAACAUGGUGCACAAUUUGCACCUCACAUGUAUGACAACUUCAAGAAUUUGUAUGAGUGGCUCUCCAAUUGGUGCAUGAAUCUCAAUCGUGAGAACAGGAAAGUAGCCUUCCUUGCUAUGGAGACCUUCCUCACUCAGGUGGCACUUCUCCUUGUUCAAUACAAAGAUGAUAAUGGAAAGAAAUCCCAGCAGAUUUUUGAAUAUCUGUUGGGAGAGAUGAGGAAGAAGCUGAUGAGUGUGGAAGGGAAUGCCAGAGGGGUGUCAGUGGCCAUCAAGGGAUUUGGGGCCCUUGCCGCUCCUGCUGUCCACUUCCGGGGUCCAGCUCAUGUGGCUGUCAUGUUCAAUGAAGCUCUCCAACAGGGCCAGAUCCUCUUCCUCAGGGAUGAGGGAAAGGAGAUAGAUGAACGAGUGGCUACCCUUCCAAGCUUUCUUGAGUCUCUGGCUCUCAUUGUGACCCACAUGGAUGAAGGAAUCUAUGGUAGUCGUCACAGUGGAUUGGAGCGACUCUCAGUUCGAUUGGUGGAGUUAUUUCCCCUCAUGGAGACAGCUUAUCAUUUCCUCUGCUCUCGGGCACUCUUCAAGCUUUUCUACUCCAUCCAUACCAGGGGUCCUGCAUAUGUCUCCUUCCUUCAUCGGUUUGUAUACCAGAGCCUCUUGAGGAGUUGUUCACAUCCCAUUGUUCAAGAGGCUGAAAUGCAAAGACAGACAUCUGGAUUUUCAUCCAGAAAACCCAUCACAUAUCGAGAAUAUCUUCCUCUCUGGGAAGACCUAAUUGGAAAGAAGGCAUUCAGUGAUGCUAGCCUCAUAGAUGCAGGAAUGAAGAAGAAGGAGGAGGUGAGAGAGGAUAUAUUCAGAGAACUCAUACAGGCUUCCAUCAUGCUUUUGCAGAAAUUGGAUUUUGUUGCCCUUCGAAAUGCACAGGUUCUAACCAGAAAAUUUCCUUUACUGGGUCGGCUCAAUGAUCUUCCCGUGGGCACAUGCACCAACCCUGAAACCUUUUCAAUCCAGUUUGAGGACAAAUAA